UCGGUUCGCAGGACCGCGGGGAGGCAGCCCCGGCGAGCGGCCGUGCGGCGCGCACCGUUUGGAGGGGCCCGGGCGCGGGAGUGAGGCGCUCAGCUGGCCCCGAGCACGGCGUCGCAGCCCCCGACCAGCAGUUGCCGCCACCCGACUUUCGUUCCAGUUGCGGCUCCUCCGGGCAGCAUGUCAAAAGCCGCCGCCGCUACAGCUGCCGCCGCCACCUGGGGAAGAGCAGCAGCAGCAGCAGCAGCAGCAGCGGCGGCCGCGGGCGCGCGGGGGCAAUAAGCCGAACCACUCGGCGUCCAGGGUACUCUCUCCGCGCUCACGGCUCCGGCGGGACCCGCGCCAUGUGCUGAGCCAUGCCCCUCGCCGAGCCCGCGGGCAGCGCAUGGGGCAGCGCCUGAGCGGCAGCCGAUCCUGCCUCGAUGUCCCCGGCCGGCUUCUGCCGCAGCCGCCGCCGCCCCCGCCACCGGUGAGAAGGAAGCUCGCGCUGCUCUUCGCCAUGCUCUGCAUCUGGCUUUACAUGUUCCUGUACUCGUGCUCCGGCUCGUGCGCCGCUGCGCCCGGGCUGCUGCUGCUGGGCUCGGGGUCCCGCGCCGCCCACGCCCCGCCGGCCCUGGCCUCAGGUCGCGACGGACCUCCCUCGAGGCUGCCGUUCCCGGCGGCGCCAGCCACCCAGUUGGCUCCUGGCGGGGAGACGGCCGAGGGCGUCGCGAGCCAGGAAGAGCAGAGUCCCGAGGCGCCGGACUCCCCCAGCCCCAUCUCUAGCUUCUUCAGCGGGUUCGGCAGCAAGCAGCUGCCGCAGGCCAUCAUCAUCGGCGUGAAGAAGGGCGGCACGCGGGCGCUGCUCGAGUUCCUGCGCGUGCACCCCGACGUGCGCGCCGUGGGCGCCGAGCCCCACUUCUUCGACCGCAGCUACGACAAGGGCCUCGCCUGGUACCGGGACCUGAUGCCGCGGACCCUGGAGGGGCAGAUCACCAUGGAGAAGACGCCCAGCUACUUCGUGACGCGCGAGGCGCCCGCGCGCAUCUCGGCCAUGUCCAAGGACACCAAGCUCCUGGUGGUGGUGCGGGACCCGGUGACCAGGGCCGUCUCGGACUAUACGCAGACGCUGUCCAAGCGGCCCGACAUCCCCAGCUUCGAGAGCCUGGCCUUCAGGAACCGGACGGCGGGCCUCGUGGACCGGGCGUGGAGCGCCAUCCAGAUCGGCCUGUACGCCGAGCACCUGGAGCGCUGGCUGCGCCACUUCCCCGCCCGCCAGCUGCUCUUCGUGAGCGGCGAGCGGCUGGUGCGCGACCCGGCCGGCGAGCUGGGCCGCGUGCAGGACUUCCUGGGCCUCAAGCGCAUCAUCUCCGACAAGCACUUCUACUUCAACCAGACCAAGGGCUUCCCCUGCCUCAAGAAGGCCGAGGGCAGCGGCCGCCCUCACUGCCUGGGCAAGACCAAGGGCAGACCCCACCCCGAGAUCGACGGCCAGGUGCUGCGGCGGCUGCGUGAUUUCUACCGGCCCUUCAACCGCAAGUUCUACCAGAUGACGGGCCACGACUUCGGCUGGGACUGAUCAGACCCUCCCCACCCCCCAACCCCGGGGCUUAGGAAAUAUUGAGAGAGAUUAUAUGUAUGUAAAAUGUACAGAAAUCUAUUUUAUAAUAAUUUAUUUUUAAUUCA